UGUUGUUCGUCUUGCUUUUGACUUUAAACUAAGUGCGCUCCUCCUUUUGUCAAUUUUGUAGCCAACGUUACAUCGACUCCAGCUAUGACUGCAAUUAUUCCUCGCAUUGAGCAGCUGUCUGCCAGAGUUAUUCGGGUUUUGGGCUGUAACCCGGGACCCAUGACUCUGCAGGGAACUAACACUUACCUGGUCGGGACCGGGCAAAGGCGAGUGUUGAUAGACACUGGAGAACCAGCUGUGCCUGAAUACAUCAGCAAUCUGAAACAGGCACUGACGCAGUUCAACACCAGCAUCCAGGAGAUCAUUGUCACACACUGGCACCACGACCACACAGGCGGAGUGGAAGACAUCUGCAGGGACAUCACUGGUUCUGAGGUCCGAGUCAGCAAACUUCCUCGCUCCAACCAAGUCACAGAGAUAGCUGGAAACAAAAGCUACACUUACCUGAAAGAUGGAGAUGUUGUCCAGACGGAGGGGGCCACACUCAAAGUGCUGUUCACCCCAGGUCACACUGAUGACCACAUGGCGUUGCUGCUGGAGGAGGAGCAGGUGCUCUUCUCUGGAGACUGCAUCCUGGGCGAAGGAACAGCCGUGUUUGAGGAUCUCUACGACUACAUGAAAUCUCUGAAGAUCCUGCUGGACUCUCAGGCUGACAUCAUCUACCCUGGUCAUGGACCUGUAGUUCAGGAUGCUGGCUCUAAGAUCCGAUACUACAUCAGCCACAGAGAACAAAGAGAGCAGCAGAUCCUGGCAGCCAUUCAGGCAGGAGCAGGAAAACCAUUGUCCUCAAUGGAGCUCGUCAAGAUCGUCUAUAAGGACACUCCUGAGUACCUCCACAAAGCAGCUAAUGUGAACCUGGUCCAUCACUUAAAGAAACUGGAGAAAGAAGGCAGUAUCAGUGCAGUGAAUGAAUCUUCACAGAACAUCAAAUGGAAGAGUAACCUGUGACAUCCACACAGACCUUGAAGAAAUGCACUUUGAUCGACCCUUUGGUGAGGAUGAUGAAAAUCUAUCGAUCAGUCAAAAGUGAUCUCCUUUUCUGCACAACGCUCUAUGCCUUAGAUUUGCUGAAUGAUGGGUGGGUUAAUGGAAAUGUAGGGAUGGUGGUCACACUUGUUGCCUUGGAUGUUUCUUGACUCGGAAUACACAUAAAAGGACCAAUCAUCAAACUCACCAGGACUGUUUGCAGCCUGUGGCGAAAUAUGUCUGGAGGUCAGCAGAAUUUUGGCUGUGGCAGAAUGGAAGUUGACCCCAUCUUACAAUGUGAUCAGUGUGCCACAGCACCGCCAUCUGCCUGACUGAAAUAGCUUGUCUUCUUUUUCUUCUUACUUCUACGACCCCAGUUCCAAAAAAGUUGGGACGCUGUGUAAAACUUAUAUUGAAACAGAAUGUAAUAAUUUGCAAAUCUGUUUUGACUCUGUCGUGUUAAGACUCUACCAUGCAAGGUGAAAGCCAGCUAUUAACAACAUCGAGAAACGCUGCUGACUUCUGUGGGCCAGAGCUCAUCUGAGAUGGACUGACACAAAGUGCAAAAGUGUGCUGUGGUCUGACGACUCCACAUGUCAAAUUCUUAUUGGAAAUCAAGGACGUGGUGUCCUCUGAGCUAAAGAAGAAAAGGACCAUCCACAUUGUUAUAUGUGCAAAUUUCAAAGCCAGCAUCUUUGAUGAUAUGGGGAUGUGCUAGUGCCCAUGGCAUCAUGGGUAACGUCACAUCUGUGAAAGUAACAUGAGUGCUGAAAAGUAAAAACAGGUUUUUGAGCAACAUAUGCUGCCAUCUAGAUAGCAUUUUUCUUAGAGACGUCCCUGCUUAUUCCAGCAAGAUGAUGUCAGAGCCACAUUCUGCAUGUGUUAUGAUAGCAUGGAUUCAUAGUAAAAACUGAAGGUACUAAACUGUCCUGCCUGCAGUCCAGACCUGUCUCCCAUUGAAGAUGUGUGGCGCAUUAUGAAGUGCAAAAUACAACAAUGGAGACCCUUGACUGUUGAGUUAAAUGAAGUCGUAUAUCAAGCAGAACCUGGAAAUAAUUCCACUCUCAAAAACUUUAACAAUUAUUGUCCUCAGUUCCCAAAUACUUACUAAGUGUUGUUCAAUGAAAAGAUAAUGUAACUCAGCGGUAAACAUGCCCUGUUCCAAAUUUUUUGGAACUUGUUGCAGGCAUCACAUUCAGAAUAUGUGUAUAUUUACAAAAAAAUUAUAAUAAAGUUUAUCAGUGUGAACAUCAAAUGUCUUGUCUUUGUGCUGUAAUUAAUUUAAUAAAGGUCAAAAGGGAUUAACAAGUUUUACACAGUGUCCCACCUUUUCUUGAAUUGCAGUUGUUGAGGAUGUAAGCCUUUUGGCCAGAGCUUUUGUUGACUUCAAACAAAUCUAGCAGACUCUUACUUGGGCUAUGGCUUUAAACAUAACUGUGUAAACAUAAACCUAAACAGCUAUCUGGUGAGUAAAUAGAGUCUGAUACACAACCCUUUCUUUUUCUACCCCUUCUUUGCAUCUUCUUUUUCUCCCUCGUCUUCUUCUUUUUCUCAUCCUCUUAAUUCCAUUUGGCAACUGUAGCCAAUGCAGUAAUAUGUGAACUGAUGCAGGAGGUCCUCUCUGGUCUAGAAAUAUGGCACAGUCAUUCCAGUCAGUCACUAGAUGGCAGUGUCUGCCAAUAUUAUUGCGUGACAACUUGAACAGUAAAUUAUGAUAAUUUGCACUUAUUACAACAUAUGGCUGACAUUUGUUAAAAGUAUGAAUAAAUGUAAAGAAUGCUAAUAUGUGUUGAAGUAGAUCUACAGCAGUAUUCCAGUGAGAUGGUGGUGUUUUUUACUGGCCAUGAAUGGAAUUUAUUGUGUAUCUGUGGUAAUUAUGAGAUAAGAGUUCAUGAUGAUUAAAUGUAAUUUUUAUAUUUGGACUAUCAAACUCAUGAAUACCGAAGUUCACCACAUAAAAACAGCUUUGAACAGCUGAGUAUGAGCUCAUCUGAAUUAUCCUGAUGAUCCAAUAUUCCAGUGAGUAAUAAUCAGAUCUACAGCAUGAACAUUUGACCUGUGGUUGACCCCUUCUCGACUCUCAUCUGUUUUCAUGUUGACUAAUGGCUCUUAUGCUAUAUUACUGGGAAUUUCUUAGAUAUACAGGAAGAGCUGUUUUUGUCGUCUCUGUAGGCUUUUCUACGUAACCUGCUCAUUUAGGAGCUGAGAUGUCACUUUACUGAAAACAACUUCGCUUACAGUAAACAACUACAAUCAUGAAUGAACAUAUGAAUCAUGCAGCACACCCAUGAUUUACACAGAGAUUGUGUGAAUCAUUUUAGUUGAAUUUUGGGGUACCUUUCAACAUAGCCAGGGACUAAUGAUAAUCUUUGCAGGAAAAUUAUUUUGUCUUA